ACUUAACUGUAUAGAGUAAUAAAAUCCUAAUCCAACGAUAAUGACUUGCUGGAUUUCAUCAAGAAAUAAGACCCACGACUCAAAAUUUUCAACUUACUUAUCCCACUAACCCACCAAUAAAUACACAUAACUUAACCUCAUCAAUCAUUAAAAACCUGUAGAGUACUGAACCAACGAUCCCAAAGAAUGUCCACCACCACCGCAACCACCAAUGCGCCGCCUCUUCACACCGUCAAACCAAUGCCUCAGACACUUUUCAACCGUGUAUUUGCUCCAAUUUACGCUUGUGCCAUCCUCGCCUUGCUUUAUCACCAAGCAAGCAACCUCUUCUUCUCCACCACCUUCAUUUCUUCAUCUAUAAACUUUAUUUUGCUUAUCUCCGACCUGGUUCUCGCCUUCAUGUGGAUCAACACGCAGGCUCUUCGUAUUUAUCCUGUCCAUCGCCAACAGUUUCCAGAAAAUCUCAAGAAAUUAAUGGAGAAGAGUGAAUAUCCAGGUUUGGACGUGUUUAUAUGCACUGCAGAUCCUUAUAAGGAACCGCCGAUAAGUUUAGUGAACACAGCUUUGUCCGUAAUGGCUUAUGAUUAUCCGACGGAGAAGAUUUCUGUUUAUGUUUCCGAUGACGGUGGUUCUUCGUUGACUCUGUUUGCUUUGAUGGAGGCUGCUAAGUUUGCUGCACAUUGGCUACCGUUUUGCGACAAGGAGAAGAUUAUAGAUAGGAGUCCUGAAGCAUUUUUUCAAUCAAAACAAAGUUAUUUUAGUCCGGAGUUGGAUAAAUUAAAGGACAUGUACGAGAGCAUGAAAUUUAAGAUAGAGCAUGUUCUUGAGAGAGGAGCAGUUGACGAUGAAUACAUUAAUGGAGACCAAGACCGAGAAGCCUUCGACAAAUGGACCGAUAAAUUCACAAAACACGACCAUCCUACCGUUAUUCAGGUUCUGCUAGACUCGAGCAAAGAUAGAGACACCACUGGACGUCAAAUGCCAAAUUUUAUAUAUUUCACUAGACAAAAGAGCAAGACUUUUCCUCACCACUUUAAAGCUGGCGCUCUCAAUGCUCUGCUAAGGGUAUCAGCUGCCAUGACGAAUGCGCCAAUAGUCUUGACCUUAGACUGUGACAUGUAUUCUAACGAUCCACAAACGCCACUACGUGCACUUUGUUACAUAAGUGAUCCUGACCCUCAAUUUAAUUCCAAAUUAGGGUAUGUCCAAUUUCCUCAAAGAUUUCGUGGACUCAACAAGUAUGACAUUUACGCUUGUUCAUACAAACGUCUAUAUGAGGUACAGCCAAUUGGUUUUGAUGGCCUGAUGGGUCCCAAUUAUCUUGGAAGUGGCUGCUUUUUCUCGAGAAGAGCUCUGUUUGGUGGUCCUUUAGCUCUAGUGCCACCUGAAAUAUCUGAGCUGAGACCGGACCAUGUUGUGGACACACCCCUCCAGUCCCAAUCAACUUUGGCUCUAGCUCAUCAAGUUGCAAAAUGUGAUUAUGAGGAACAUACUCUGUGGGGCUCCAAGAUAGGAUUUAGGUAUGGAUCGUUAUCUGAGGAUUUUUUAACAGGAUUGCGUAUGAAUUGUGAGGGAUGGAAAUCUAUAUUUUGUCAUCCUAAAAGAGCAGCAUUUUUGGGUGAUGCUCCACUCACUUUGAUUGAUCUAUUGACCCAGCAAAAGAGAUGGACUCUAGGAGUUCUUCAGGUUGGGUUCUGUAAAUAUAGCCCGAUUACCUUUGGGGUUAAGCAUAUGGGCCUUUUAAUGGGCUUGGGUUAUGCACAAUCUACAUUUUGGGCUAGUUGGUCAAUACCCGUUGUCACAUAUGCUGUUCUUCCCCAGCUGACCCUUCUCAAUGAAGUUCAUAUCUUUCCAAAGGCAUCAGAUCCAUGGUUUCUUCUGCAUGUGUUUCUAUUUCUUGGUGCAUACGGACAAGAUUUUCUAGACUUUAUCUUGAUUGGCGGGUCGAUCAAAUCUUGGUGGAAUGAUCAGAGAAUUUGGCAUAUAAGGGGACUAACAUGUUACAUAUUUGGCUUCAUGGAGUUCUUCCUUACAACAUUAGGGUUUUCAAGAUUUGGGUUCAAUGUGACAAGCAAAAACAUUGAUGACGAACUAAGCAAAAGAUACGAUCAAGAAAUGUUUGAGUUCGGAGUUCAUUCGCCCAUGUUUGUUACCCUAACAAUGGCAGCUUUACUUAACUUGAGUGCACUUGUCAAAGGGAUGAUCGAUGUUUGUAGAGGCACCAGUAUUAUUGAAGGAGCUCUUAUGCAAAUGCUGGUUACUGGUUUUGCUGUGGUGAAUUGUUGGCCAAUUUAUGGAGCUAUAUUUUUGAGAAGCGAUAAAGGAAAAAUGCCUACUGAAACUACUCUUACGGCAGCGUUUUGGGUAAGUUUGUUUUAUUUGGCAUCGUUUUUUAUUCUCAAUUUAGGAGCUUGAGGGAGAGUUGAUUCGUUUUUUGGUUUAAUGAUCCUGUUGAUAUAGGAUUCGCAUAUAUUUUGCUCAACUUUCUAAAAAUUGGGAGUGAAAGGAGUUUGAAACUGAAUGAAUUAAUAUAGCACACUUGAAUUUAUUUA